UAGAGAGAACGAGACAAACCAUUAAUUGGGGCAUUUGAAUUUUCCAACCCCUUCCAAAGACCCCAACCCAACUUGUACGCAGUUUCCUUUGACUAUUCACAAACAACAACAACAUCACCACUUUCCUUCCCCCUUCCUUCCCAUCACUGCCUUACGUUUCUUCUUCCCCAAUUUUCCAAUAUUUAUCCACUUUCUUUCCAUUAAUAUACCCCUUUUACUCCCUUUCUCUAUAAAUUCCCAUUUAACAAACUCAUACUUCCUCAAAUAUAAUUUAAUUUCCCACACCUGAUUCUAUAUUCAUUAUAUUUUUGAGAUCAUAUUUCUAUCAUCCAUGGCCGGCGCCGGAGUUGCCUUUGUUUUGGGUCUGAUUGCGGUGGUUUUUAUUCACCCUGCCACCGCUCAGACGGUUCAUAUCGUCGGUGACAGCACCGGUUGGACUGUUCCACCGAGCCCCACUUUCUAUUCCGAAUGGGCUGCUGGAAAGACCUUCCGCCUUGGCGAAUCUAUCCAAUUUAACUUUCCAACCAACGCCCACGAUGUACUUGAAAUGAAAACAAAGGAGUCGUUCGAUGCAUGUAAUUUCACCAAUUCUGAUAACGAUAUCGAGAGGACAGGUCCAGUGAUAGAGAGACUCGACGAGCUCGGCAUGCAUUACUUUGUUUGCACCGUUGGAACACAUUGUUCCAGUGGUCAAAAGUUAGCCAUCAAUGUCGUCUCUGCCACUGCCGGUGGUCCGAUGUCGCCGGGCGGCCCGAUGUCACCAUCUUCACCAUCACCUCCUUCAUCGGUAAUGCCACCACCGUCUCCUUCAUCCUCCAACGCACUUAUGGCAACCCUUCCUCUCACUUUCUUCGCCCUUCUUGUUAUGACCUUCUUUUAGAUACAUAUUAUGGAGUUUUCUUAAUUAAUUACAUUGUGAGAGUUUAAUUUUGUUGAGAGUUUGAGAGAUAUAUUUAGUACUUUUAGUGAGAUUGGAUUUCAUUUGUGUCUUGUCUUCCAAUUUUUUUAAUUCUAGUUUUUGUCUCCAAUAAAGUACUUUUACAUUUACUCCUGUAUUUAUAUAAGUUGAAUUAUAAUAAUUUAGCUUUUCGUCUA